GAAAGAAAUUUGUGAAAUUAGCAGAGUAGUCUAAUGGAAGGCGGUGGUGACGGAACUGUAAAACUAGGAAAUCUCACCACCAUGAAGCCGGCGGAGCUCGAUCGAGCUUUCAACUUAGAGCCGGACGUGUUUGUUUCCUCGCCUGUCACUCGGCAGAAAGCUGCCGCCGCCAAACAAUUUAUCGAGAAUCAUUAUAAAAACUAUCUGCAAGGCCUCCAGGAUCGCAAGGACAGGAGGAGAGCGCUGCAGAGGAAGGCGGAGGAGGCUAAUGUAUCGAGCGAGGAGCAAGAGGAGAUGCUGAGGAACUUGGAAAGGAGAGAAACGGAAUAUAUGAGAUCGCAGAGGCACAAGGUUGGGAUUGAUGACUUUGAGCAGUUGACUAUAAUCGGUAGAGGUGCUUUUGGUGAGGUUAGAUUGUGUCGUGCUAAAAAUACAGGAGAAAUAUAUGCCAUGAAGAAAUUAAGGAAGUCCGAUAUGCUCAGUCGGGGACAGGUUGAGCAUGUUCGCUCUGAGAGGAAUUUGCUUGUAGAGGUUGACAGUCGGUGCAUAGUAAAACUUUUUUAUUCUUUCCAAGAUUCAGAUUUUUUGUACCUUAUCAUGGAGUAUUUACCUGGUGGGGACAUCAUGACCUUACUGAUGAGAGAGGAUAUUCUUUCCGAAGAUGUUGCCAGAUUCUACAUUGCUGAAAGUAUUCUUGCUAUACAUUCAAUUCAUCAACACAAUUAUGUACAUAGGGAUAUAAAACCAGAUAACCUAAUAUUGGACAAAAAUGGUCAUCUGAAGCUUUCCGACUUUGGCUUGUGUAAGCCCCUGCAUAACAAAUAUUCUUCAAUCCUUUUGGAAGAUGAGGACUUGUCAAUUCAGGAGUCUCCAAGUGAGCAUGAUGGCGACUCAGAAAGUAGUAGACCUCCUUGGUUAAUGCCAAAAGAACAGUUACAACAAUGGAAGCGUAACCGCCGAGCCUUGGCAUAUUCUACUGUUGGGACACUGGAUUAUAUGGCACCUGAGGUUUUGUUGAAAAAAGGAUAUGGAGUAGAGUGCGACUGGUGGUCACUGGGGGCUAUCAUGUACGAGAUGCUAGUGGGCUAUCCUCCCUUCUGUUCCGAUGAUCCAAGAAUUGCAUGCCGUAAGAUAAUAAAUUGGAGGACUUGCUUGAAGUUCCCUGAAGAACCAAAAAUAUCAGAUGAGGCAAAGGAUCUCAUCUGUCAUUUAUUAUGCGAUGUAGAUGCAAGGUUAGGGACCCGAGGAGUGGAAGAAAUAAAGGCACAUCCAUGGUUUAGAGGCGUCCAAUGGGACCAGCUUUAUGAGAUGGAAGCUGUGUACAAGCCAAGAGUAAAUGGAGAAUUAGACACACAGAACUUUGAGAAGUUUGCUGAAGUGGGAGAUGCACCAUCAACAGGACCAAUAGUAGGACCUUGGCGGAAGAUGUUGACAUCAAAAGAUGCCAAUUUCAUUGGAUUUACUUUCAAGAAGUCUGACGCCCUAAAAUCUCUUGGCACUUCAGGUGUAGUAACAAGGUCAAGUGCAUCUUCAAAGCCUCCAUCCUUAGUCUCAUUAUUUGGUACUUUACACGACUCAUGCAGGGAAGGUAGACCUCCAAGAGACAAUAGCAGAAGAUGAACCAAAACAAGAAUGAUAAAAAGUUUUUUCUCCUUAUGCCUUCUACAAGCAUCUUGUUUAGGAGUUAUUCUUGUAGCUCGACAGCUAAUUGCUUUACAAGAAGAGAAUAAAUACUCAGCUAAAGAGCUGAUACGAUUUUGAGAUGUGCCUUUUGUUCUUCCCCUCCCUGAUGUGUAUAUACGAAUGCUAAUGUACAGCCUUAAAAGUAUUAUAUCAAGUUUAAUUCCGUCAAUGCUA